GCUGUCUUUGAGUCAGCAUGAGCUAAAAUUGUUUUCACUCAUUACGUGGAGCGGCGAUGUGAUGGUGGCUGUCCGAAAAAGUACUGUACAUGCAGUAGUCGUCUCACAUUCGAAGAACGGUGAACUAAUAAAACCUAUGUGAUGUAGCGCGCAUGACUCAACAAUGGAAUUGAGUUUGAAAUUGUAAAAGUGCUCUCCGUACCGUGUUUCGAACAGUUAUAACUGGCGAGCACAGCACACCGCAGAAACGAUCGAAUCAUGGUAGUGAAACUUAACGUGCCAAAACCACUCACGACAAAUCAGUUUUAAACGUCCAGCUAGUGUCGGCAGUGUAUUUUGAAACCUUUCAAAAGUUUCGAGCGAAAAAGAAACCGGCCGUGGGUGUGAGAUCGACUAUGUGCGUUUGUGCAUAGAUUGAAAUAAUUAACUCGCCGCAAUAUGUACAUGUAUCUACAAUAAAUACGCGUUUAUGGAAAUACAAACGAAAUAAUUAGUGAAAACAGAAAAAUUAUUAACAAAUUAAUGAAGUGUACAUAUGUAUUUAAUAUACAUAUAAAUUCGAAGCAUUUACUUUAAUAAUUAAAGGCAAGCAUAUGUAACAAUGACUUUAAAAGGAGAAAACUUGACAAGACCAGCUACGAAGGCAUAUAAACGUGAAAAAAAUCAAACCACAUCAAGUGAUUCGUACAGUGAGACGCCACCGCAAGUCAUAGUAUAUUAAAGCAAAAUUGUUAAUUUGAAAAUUUUCAAAAAUCGAACACUUGUAUACGCACAAUUACCUUUGAUGGUUAAAGAGGCUGGAUGAGUGCGCCAGCGUUUUGGGUAUCCAAAAAAUUAGUUGCGCGAUUUACCACAGGUGUCAGCUGUCGUAUCUCGGCAUUUUACGUGGAUUCAGUAUUAGGGUAAAAAUCUCAUUUUAGUGCAAGAAUUAUUAUCGUGGGUUUAUUGAAAAGACGAGAAUUAACACCGUUAUUAAGCAUCCUUGACAGCAAACCUUGAGAUAUUCCAAAAGACGCACAUGGGCGUCUGCACCGAAGAGCGCCCUGUGAUGCAUUGGCAGCAGAGCGCAAGAUUUCUUGGGCCAGGUGCGAGAGAAAAAAGUCCAACCCCACCUGUAGCACAUCAAGGGAGCACUCAUUGCGGCAGUGCUGCAGGUGUAAAUAACAAUCGUCUUCUUUAUAGAUCUUGCUCUUCCUGUCCCGAACUUUGUGACCACAAUACCAAGCCUUAUAGUUCGACAUUUAAUGAGCCAUUUAAAAGUUAUGAAAUCGCAGACCGAACACUAUUCAGCGAAUCUGCACUAAAAUACGCAAUAAGUCGAGCGCGGCCUAACUGUUUGGAAGUGAAUGAGGAAACUACCUCGAGAAUAUCCUUUAAAACGGAGCCAUAUGGUCCACCAAGUAGUCCAGACUCCACGAAUGAAACACCAAAUCUGCCUCGAAGCCUAGAAGAUUGCGCUGGUUGCGGUCGAUUCAUACAGGAUCGUUUCUACCUCUCUGCAGUUGAUAAACGAUGGCAUGUAAAUUGCUUACAAUGUCACGCUUGCCGACAACCGUUAGACCGAGAAUCAUCGUGUUAUUCGCGAGAUGGAAACAUUUACUGCAAGAAUGAUUAUUAUAGUUUCUUUGGGACGAAGCGAUGUUCAAAAUGUCGAGCAUCGAUUAGUUCGACCGAAUUAGUAAUGAGAGCCAGAAACUUAGUGUUUCACGUAAAUUGCUUCUGUUGCACGAUUUGUAAUGCGCCACUUACCAAAGGUGAUCAAUAUGGAAUUAUAGAUGCUCUUAUAUACUGCAGAACUCAUUACAGCAUCGCUCGCGAAGGCGAUUCAGCGUCAACAAGACUUGGAGGUUCAUUCGCAUAUUGCGCGGACUUCGAUUCUCCUCAAAAUGAGUCCUCCAGUCCACAUUCAGAUCCCUCUCGUAUUGUUCCUAGUGGCAUAUAUAUGCCAACUUCACAUGUAAUCUCAGGACUAACGCAAGCGCCGCGGCAAAAAGGCAGACCUCGGAAACGCAAACCUAAAGAUAUUGAUGGACUCACUGCCAAUAUGGAUUUAAAUACGGAAUAUUUAGACUUUGGACGUGGAUCUCAAAUGACUGCUUCCCGGACGAAACGGAUGCGAACCUCUUUUAAGCAUCACCAAUUGCGUACGAUGAAGUCUUACUUUAAUAUAAACCACAAUCCGGAUGCUAAGGAUUUGAAACAACUUUCUCAAAAAACAGGGCUGCCAAAGAGAGUUUUACAAGUAUGGUUUCAAAAUGCUAGAGCAAAAUGGAGGCGUAUGAUGAUGAAACAAGAUGGUUCCAAUGUUCUAGAAAAAGGCGAAGGAUCUCUGGAUUUAGAUAGCAUAUCUGCACAUAGUCCUACUUCCUUCAUAAUGGGCGGCGGCAAUGGCUCACCUCAACAUACCAUAGAGUAGCAGAUAUAUCCAUUACUGUUUCCACAUAGAGAGCUUUGAGCUAAUCAGUACCCAUAUAUAUGUUGUUGCUUUAUAGAUAUUACAACCGUUUCUAUAGCAGUAGCUGUAGUCUAGAAUCUAGAGCAUCCGCUUUUGCGCACGCGCACCAGUCCAAUGCAAAAACCACGGCAGGGAAUUUACCGCCUACAUUUGUAUGCAUUCAUGCUAGUACGCACAUCCCUAUGAACAUACGUACAUAUGUAUAGUACACUACUACAAGUAUAUACAGUUGAACUUAAAAAAAUGUCAAAAACUGGACUAAGUAUGAGUAUCAAGUUUAUACUGUAUGUACACAUCAAAACACAACCUCAACCGGCCAAUAGCCAUAUUGAAAAUAUAUUAAACCGUUACACAACCGAAACAGCCUAUCUUAUGCGCAUGGGCUAAUACGAGUAUAAUAUUUUUGUAAAUGUAUUUAGAUAUAAUCAUAUACCAUAGAAGAUAUAAUUUAAACAUAACGCCUAAAUCCGAACUUGUUACUUCUGGCACCUUUGGCACUUAAUGGUUCAUAUAUUUAAAUAUGUUAUAAGAUAUAAUACUUCUUUAUGUACUUUUAUAUAUCCAUAAACAAAGUUAGAUCAUAAAAGUGCUUACAAUUAAUUACGAUUAAAAUAGUUUCGAUUUUUUUAUAUAGCAACAUUUUGAUUGUAUUUUUGUAAAUACAUGUACCCACCAUAUGUAACUGCGAGCGAAACAGGGUGAACCUAACUAUAUUUCCUUUGGUGCGGUUUUGUCUAUUUCGACCUCUUUCUUACUAAUAGAUUAAAUAUUCAAAUUGUAGAUUAAUAUUAUUAAAAAUUUAUAUUUUAUUAGGCGAUGGGAAUGUACAUAUGUAGGAAGACAUAAGCACACGGUUAUAAACAUAUACCAUUUUAUCACGUGGUAUACCUUAACUAUAACCAUACAUAUAUGUAUAUUUGCCAUUGAUGUAUAUACUUACAAAGGUAACGAUAAAAGGAGGUCGGCAGUUCAUAAUGAAUUUUUUUAAUGUUGUACCGAAAAAUUAUCUCAAAAUUCCUAUACUUUUUUGUGGAUAUUGUAUUAUAAUGUAGUUUUAAUAGAAGCAAACAAAUAAUUAAUAUUUUUAUUUGACGUCAGUAUCACUUCAAUUAAUCAGAUGAAAGUUUUCGGGUCUACAUAAACUAUUCUACUUAAUUCUGCCUUUGUGAUUUCAAAAAUAGUUACUCAUUUAUAGAAAACUCUACUCCAAUUUCGAUUAAGUCAGAAAUGCUGGAACUUUUUGGAAGUAAUAAAAAGCAGUGUUCCACAUUCAUUUGAGUUCCUUCCAACUUUUUAAUGCAGAAAAACAUUAUUAUUUGAAGCUCACAUAAUUUUGAAUGAUUUUACGGUCGUUAAUAAUUGAAUUUUUUAAUAAAAGUAAUACCUAGUCGUUUCACUAUAAUCAUUUCUGUUCAGCGAAGUUACAAAUCAAUUUAUUUAGAAAAGGCUGGCCGUUAAAUACAUACAUAUAUAUUACUUAGGCUGUGUGCCAAACGUUAACAUUUUGGAGUUGGGGUGAAAAAAGUUUCUAUGGUGUAAACAAAUUCCACAUUUUGCUGUGCCAAAUGGAAAGGAAAAUUUUGAUAUCUGAAGUUUAAAGCAAACGCAAUUGCCUCGUUCAAAUUUUUGCUUGUUAUUUAAAUUAUUAAAUUUAUACGUAAAAUGAAUUAAAUGUAAAGCAAAUACGUUGCUUGCUAAUAACAAUAUUAAUGAAACUAAAAAAACUUCAUUAAUUUGAACUUGUUUUGAUAGAAAAUUUUAGGCAACGUGCUAGGCUAUUACCACGCUUCUUGCAUUCGGUACACAUAUGUACAUACAUAAUUAUGUCUUUAUAUAUACUUAAAUACAUUUACAUCUUUUAAUAAACUACAAAAAUAAUAUUUUUACUUAAUUCUUUGAUCCUAAUUUAAGUUUGCAAUAUUUCGGCUAAAGAGAGUCAAGAACUUUCCUCAUUUAGAGUAUCAUUUCUGUAUUGAAUGGAAUAAAUAGAAAUAUGAACAAAUUAAUAGUUAAGAAUUUAUAACAUAUUCUAUAACAUAACUGAAUGCAUAGCUGUAUUCAUAUUUGUAAGUUUUCAAAAUUUUACCGAGCUCGGGAGCUGCGGAUUCACAACGAAAAACGUCAAAAUUUCACAUUCAUCUGUCAGAAUUUUCAUUUUCUACUGUUUGGCCACAACCUUAGUAUACCUAUAAUAUUUUACCCUUUCUUUGGCUUUUUAAAUAAGAGUACAUCCAUUAUAGACCAUGUGCAUGAUUAACACGCAGACACACAUGGCCGUGUGUAUACAUAUACAAACAUAUACAUACAUAUAUAGUGAUUUUAAAUAAACACUUCUUACUAGUCAAUAAGAAAUUAAUUUCCAUAAGUUGUAUACUUUACGAAAUAAAAUCAAUUACCAGUAUCUUUAUAUACAUAUGUAGGUAUUUAUUAUUAUUACUUUUUUUUUUUGAUAUGUAAUGCAAAUAAUUGCUAAAAGAGUUUGAAGUCUGGUCAUAUGUACUGUGGCCAAAUUUUUGUAUUUAGUUCCUUCUAUUAUACUGUUGCGCACUAACCAAUAAUAUUUAUAGCUAAAUUCCAAAAAAAACACCCCAUUCUAUAGUAAAUUAUAUUUACAUGUAUGAAUAUCGCUUUAUAAAAUGAUUAAAAGUGUAUUUACGAGUAUUAAAUAAUUUUAACAUCAACUGGAGAACAAAAAUUAUUUAUAUUUCUUGUAAAUAACAUAUUAUGUUUAUUUACUAUUGUAUAGUUGAUAGCGAAUAAAAAAUUGCUUAAGAUAAAUUUUUACAAAAUAAAUACUUGAUAUUUUAUUUAUGUUCGCCACAAUUUAACUUUCACAUUAUCCGAUUUAUGGAGAUUAUGGAAAAUAUGAAAUAAAAGCCAAUGCAAUUUCAAACCGAAACCUUAAGUUCCACAGUUAUUGAGGUUUCUCAAAUAUGGCAAGCAGAGUAAUUUUUACGGCAAUUUAUAAGUAAAAUAUAAAAUCAAUCGCUUGUUGCGUAAGAGAUGUAGUAGUGAGAUUAAAAGGUUUUGCAUUAUUAUUAUUUAACAUUUUACUAUUUUACACAAACUUAUUUAUAUUUCAUUUUGACUUAUGUAUAUGGGUGUCAAUUACAACUGGAUUAAUGUUUUCAAUAUUCUUUAUCUACUAAAAAUGUUAAACAAGUAAAUUGGUCUUCAUUUUCACAUUUGCUGUUUUAAAAGUUUCUUGAUUGAUAACAAUUCCUUAAAAAACUAAUUGAAUUUUAAUUAAUUUAAUAGAAUUUUGUAAUAGCAAACAAAAAAAAGUAGGGAAGAGAUAAGGUCGGGUAUAGAAAUGUUGCAAAUGUGGUCGAAAUACAAUAUUCGAAUAAAUCAUAUUUGGUAUCUUAUUAACUUAUACCAUAGGUCAUAAAUACUUAUAAAAUUUCAUUGCAACAUUUUGUUCGUGUCCGCGAUGCUUAAAUUAAAUUCAACCUAAUUAACUUAAAUAAAAUAUAUGUAUGGGAUAUAAACUCAACCAAGGACAAAUGAGUUUGAAAUUCUUUUAUUAAGUAUAUUGGGGCUAGGACAGGUAUUGCCUGGUUUUUUUCAAUUUUUGCCAUCAGAAUACAUUGUUAUCCGAAGAAGACGCUUUGACUAAUAUUUAAGGUAAAAGGUCAACAAUAAGUAUCUUAAAAUUGUGAUAUUUAAACAGCUGUUUUCCGAGGGGUGGAUGGGAUAACUUGUCCUCAGCGAGUUUGGUUGAUAUAGAUUUGGUGAUUUGUAAGAGAGAAGGACCACGCCCACUCUUCAAAAUACUUCAUAGACGCCCCUCCCACUUCGAUACCUUGUACCAAACUUCAGUUUUGUAUCUUAAUUUGGAAUAAUUUGGCGUCUGCAAUACCAACCGGGUCAAGGUGCCAAAAAAAACAGGUGCACCAAAAUAUAUCACCUUCACAGACGGACGAACUGAUAUUAUAACUCAAUCUAAUCCCCAAUAUGCCGUUGAUUUGGCAGAUUUGCCAGUUUUCACAUAUAUUUUUUUGUGUUUAGAGUAAUAGAUCCAUUUUUCAUCGCCAAUCACAAUCCGAUGCAAAAACGACUUCUUUUUAUACUGUUCAAACAGCAGUACUGACAUAACAAUCGUCUUUCAACGUCCCAAUUUCAUUGCUUUUGAAAGUAUCCGUCUACUUUUAUGGCUGCUUAAGUGACAACCAAAUAUUCUGGGUUCGCAUACGCAUUCCGAAUGUCCACAGUCAACAUUCGGUGAAGCUACCUUGGACAAAAGCAACGAUUACCGGUGGUACAAAAUGUUCUCAAAGGAUCGAAUAAAUGUGAACAACGAAGAGCGUGCCGAAUAUUAGAGCACGGCAACAACAGACGAAAACAUUAAUGAACAUUCGAUUGCUACCAAUGAUUUGGGUAUGAGUAGGGUCGCCGCGAAAUUUGUGUCAAAAUUGCUCAAUUUCGACCAAAAAGAGCGUCGCGUUGACAUUGCUCAAGAUAUGUUGGACUCAGUCUGCGACGUCCCAGAUGCUCCAGAGGGUGAUAACUGCUGACGAAUCAACGAUUUAUGGUUAAGAGGUGCCAUACUAUCGAUAGUCGAACCACUCGAUAGUUUUGAUAGUUCAAAAAUAUACUGUGGAUAAUAAUUCCCCUCGAAAUCUACUUACUUUUCGCUGGUUUAAAUUAAGAUGCUUUAUACACCUAAUUCUUAUGAAAUAAUUCUAUGGAUUCAUUAAUAAAACAAAACAUGAACAUUAACGAAAAACAAA